AAAAACACACACAGAGAGGUAAGCCAAUUGAAUAAGUGAAAGGGAAAGCAGACAGAAACAGAAAGGUUACAACUUUCCCUUUUUCUCUCUUUUUUCUCAAUGUGAUUUGAUGCCUUUGAGUACAGAUAGACACUCUUGAAUCACUAGUUGUUGCUGGAAAAAAAAAUAGUACUACUAGAAAAGAGAGAGAGUGCAAAGCAAAGAAAAAAAAGAUUCAAGAUUUAGCUGGAUUGAUUAAACCACCACUUCAUAAUCGUCCUCGUUUCGGAUUUUCAGAUACCUGUUUUUGAGUGAAGGUAGAAGAAAAAUGGGUGUUGAAUUGUUGGAGAUUGGAGUUAAUGUGAGAAAAGGUGCCAUCUUUACAAUCAGAUCAUGUUUUAGAACUGUUUGCAGACAUCCAUUUCUUGUGGGCAUGCUGUGUUUCUUGAUAUUUCUGUACAGAUCAUCUCCUUUUACUUUUCACUUAUUGCUAUCUGCAUCCCCAAUCCUUGUAUGCACUGCUGUUUUGCUUGGAACCCUUUUAAGUUUUGGGCAACCAAAUAUACCUGAAAUCGAAGUCGACUCUGAGGCUCUGUCGAUUAAGAGUGGUGCUUUGGGUGAUGCUAGGAGCUAUUUUGUUGAUGAGUUUAAUAGGUGGGGUGAAGCAAGAAAGUCGACUGUAGUUCAUAGAGAGGAGGAUUCAGAUGACACUGCCCCGUUGAUUGAGGAAAGAUCACGGCAAAGUGAGGCAAGUGAUGUUGAGGAGAGGGGAGGCAAGAGAGAGUUGGGUGAGUUGAGGUACAAGAAGAAAGAUGAGUGGAUUGAAGAGAGGCUUUACAAUGGGGAUGCAACGGUAAAUGGUGAAGUUGUUGGAUCAGAUCACGAGAAAUCAGAAGCGGAUUCUUUUGAUUCCGAGAAGGUGAAUGUGGACUCUGUGGAUUCGCCUCCCUCCUCACCUUGGGCACGAGUCAAGGAGCCGGAGGAGGAAGAAGAGGACAAGGAGCAAGAUGAAGACGAGGAGGAGGGUUCAGAUUCUGAGUCUGAUUGUGCUGAGAGUUCCUCUCCGGAUGCAUCAAUGGCUGACAUAAUGCCAAUGCUUGAUGAGCUCCAUCCAUUGCUGGACGAGGAGGGCGGCCCUCAAAAUGCUCGUUUCUCCCGCAGUAGCUCAGAUAUAGCAUCGGUUAAGUCACUAAAAUCAAGUCAUCAGUCCGAUGAUGAGUCUGAAAAUCAUGAGCGCUUGGAUGCUGCUGAUGAUGAAAAUGAAGACGGAGAAGAUGAAGAAGAAGACGACCAUGGAGACAAGGACGAGGAAACAAAAUCUGCCAUUACAUGGACCGAGCAGGACCAGAAGAAUCUCAUGGACGUCGGAUGCUCCGAGAUUGAGAGAAACCAACGUUUGGAGAAUCUGAUUUUGAGGAGGAGAGCAAGGAAAAGCACAAGCUCGAGCUUCUUUGCAGAGAGGAACUUGAUAGAUUUGGAGAGUCCUGAUCUCCCUUUCAACAUUGCUCCCAUUUCGACAAGACGACAAAAUCCGUUCGAUCUCCCUCAAGAUUCUUGUGAUGAUACAGGGCUGCCUCCCAUUCCUGGUUCAGCUCCUUCUGUUAUGUUACAGAGGAGUAACCCUUUCGAUAUUCCUUAUGACUCAAGCGAGGAGAAGCCUGACCUUAACGGAGAUGUGUUUCAAGAGGAGUUCUCAUCCCAACCCAGAGAGCCAUUUUUCCGGAGACACGAGAGCUUCAGUGUCAGAACUUCAUUGUUUGCACCUAAGAGGCAAGAUGUCAAGAUGAGGCCUUACUUUGUUCCAGAGAGAACAAUCUCAGAAGAAUCGAGCAGUUAUCUGUUUCAGAGACAGUCAAGUGGACUUAGUGACUCGAAGGCGAGCUCCAUUCCUGAAACUGAAUCAAUUACUUCAGUUGAGGAUAUGGAGGACAACAAGCUUCCUAAAACAGACCAUCUGCCGGAAAGAGAGGUUGUUGAACAAUCAAGAGACGUCAUUGAGGAGGCUCCUUCUUGCAGUCCAAAGCUGAUUACCCCACAGGAGGUAGAUUCCGAAGAAAUGGUCUUCAAAAUGGAGAGUGUUUCCGAGCAUAUUAGACAUGGAAGUCAAUCUUCGGCAGAUGAUUGUCUAGAGUUUGACCACGUCGAGAAGAGAGAUGAUCAUGUCGGCGAAUCUCAUUUGGUAGAUGUUACAGAAUGCUUCGAGCUAGGAAGGGCAUCCCAAUACGCGGAAGGUCAGGGACAUUCGAGCUCCUCAUCACUUUCAGAAGUGAGUGAGAGGGUCUUCAUUGAUAAAGGAAGUGAAGGGCUAUCAAUGGUGGAGGGAAACAGAGAUGUCGAAGAACCAAGCAUGUCGAACCGAACUUCUGUAUUAAGUAAUGAUCCGAAUAUCACAAGUUUAUUGGCUAUCGAGCUAACACAACGGGUGCCUGUAUAUGAUUCUAGCCCCCAAGGACUCCGUGAGAGUUUAACAUGCUCCUCUGUUUGUGAUGUGCUUCCGGCAGGGGUUGAAUCGGAAGGGAGUCAUUUGGAAAUCGAGACAAACACUGAGAUGUUACCUGAAUCUUCAGUGUCCCAAUCAGCAGCAGCUGAUUCCAGGGCAGUUAAUUUCUUUGAUAUAAAAGAUCAUGACAAUGUGAACACUGAUUUAAGUCUAAAUUCUGCAUCUACUUCCUCUGCUUCUGAUGCAAUGGACAAACAUAUAUUGGAUGAAGUCUCUGUCUCCUUUGAUGAUAAAAAUAUUCAUGGCAUAGUUGAAGUCAGUGAGACGCAGCUUGACGGUCUACCAACAACAGAAAGUUCAAAUUCUGUCGAUUCCGAUGCUGAUAAUCAACAUGAAACUAAUGAAAAGUUAAUCUCUAUGCUCUCAUCUGAAGGAAAUACAUCUCUCUUUUACGAGAGUGCAAUACAGGAGCUAGAUUACAACCAUCUCAAUGAAGUGCAAGCAUCGAACACCCAAGUUGAGACAUCUUCGGAUUAUCAAAGUACACAUGAUGAUUUGAACAUGCCCGAGGUCCAAGAGCUUGAUCACUACAUCAACUCUCCAUCAAGUCCUAAAUUUGUUUCUAUUCUGCAAAGUGCUAUGGGGACAAAUAGUUAUCGUUUUCAUUUGCAGACAGUGGUGGAAGAAGUUGAUGAGAUUAAGGAAAUUGAUGAAGGGCUUUUGUGUGAGUUAGAUAAUGUUGGGGAUUUUAGUAUCGGACAGUUGGGAUCUGGCACGAGUGAGUUUGAAAAGCGUGUAGAAUCUGUUGCGGAAGAAAAUUUGUCUUCAACGCAGCAUGAGGUGAACAUAACGGAACAUGUUCCGCUUCCAGGGGAAUUGAGGGAGCAUCUUGAUGUGGAUGAACAGGAUGGAGAAUUUACUUCAGAGAUACAAGCAAGAAGAGCUGAAAAUACCGAGGUCUCAAAGGUCAACGAAAAUGACCCUGAUUCUCCCCAUCAGGAAACAUCCAGCGAUGAUAAACAGUGCACAGAAAAUGAAUUCCUGCCCGCUAAUUCGUCUGUGAAUGACAAUCACGAAGAUGCUGUUUCUGGGAUACAAGAAAUGGAAGUGCAGUCUGUAAAAAAUGUCUGUGUUGUUGCCACCAAGGCUGAAUUGGCAUCUGUAGGAACUCAAGUCAUGGUGGAAGUUGCUGCGGUGCCAUGUCAAGGUGAACUUGAUACAGAUGCCACUUCUGGGAUGCCUGAAACAAUCGAAAAUAUUGAUCUAACCUUAAAACAAACCAGUUCUAAAGAUCGUGUUUUUUUGGAUCCACCCGAAGAUGAGAUUCAGAAUCAUGAAGAUAGUGUUUCUGCAAUACCUGAAUCUGAAGCGCUAUCUGUAGGUGAUGUUGAUGCUGCUCCUACGCGAGCUGAAUCCAUGUCUAUGGAAACCAAGAUCACGGUUGGAGCUGCUGAAGUAUCCAGCUCUAGUACAGUCGAAGAUAUUGAACUGGCAUUUAAGCAAAUGAGUUCUGAAGAGCCUCGAGUCUUGGAGUCUGUUUAUGCGGAUACCCCUUCUCUGAUUUCUGUACUUGAAGCCUCUAAAAUUAAAGAUGAUGAUAUUGAGUCCAUGAAAAUCAGUUCUAUGGAGAUCGAGAAGCAAGUUCUGGAAGUUGAAAUUCCCGACUAUGAAGAUAGACCUGAGCAGGAAGUCUUUUUGGCAGAAGACGUUCCCAAGCAUACUGAAUUGGCUUCUGUGGAAACUGAAGUCGUCGUGGCAAGUGUUGACACAUUCAGUCAAGAUCGAAUCCCUAUAGAGGAAGCUUGCGUAUUCACAGAAAUUGAAGCUAGUACAGUUGAAGAGAUGGAUCUGGCAUUUGAGCAGAUCACGUCCAAGGCGAUAACGGUUGAUUUGAAGCCAGUAUAUUCGGAUUCCACUUCUGGGAUGCCUGAAAUCAAAGCUAACUCAGUUGAAGCUAUUCAUCAGGCAUUCCAUCACACAGGUUCCAGCGAGAUCAAGGAUCAUGAUAUUGGGGAAACAAUAACUGAAAAAACAGUACCAUAUGGGGAUGCAAGUGAGCCAGUAUCCACUAAUCAGGCGUCACUUGAUGAAGUUGGACCGUGUGAUGAUGCUGAAGUGAAUCAUAAGAAAACAGUUGAUAGCAAAACACCUGUAGUUGAUCGCGCUCUGCCACUUGUUGAAUCUAAAGAAACGCAAGGAGCCUCUUCCGAACUGCAUGUUGCUGAAGAUGUUUCGGAUGGUGAAACGAGUGUACAGCUGGAGCUAAAGUCAGAUGAUCAAUCAGUUGAAGUCAAGGCUGAUGAUAAGAUAGGGCCUUCUGACAAGAAAUCUUCUAGCAUUAGCAGUGCCAUUGAGGGUGAAAAGCCAAACCAUGGCGACAAAGCAGUUAAAGACUCGGAUUCUCCAUCUUCUGGUAAAGGAAAAGGUAAGCUCUCUAGAAGCUCCAGUUCCUGUUCCAGCUCUAGCUCCGACUCAAGCUCGAGUGCUUCCGAUAAAGAAUAAGAGGCUAGAUGGGCAAAAGAAAGUAUUUCAGCUGUGUGUGCAAUUCUUCGUUGCUCGAUACCAUGAGGUUCUUGGUUCUGCUAGCAAGACAAUUUCUUCAAGAAUGAGUUAUUAUUUGAUUUUUUGAAAUUUUGAGGGUUGGUUAGAUUUUCUCUUUGGCCUUUUUUUCCCGAAUUUUAGUGCUUCUUGUGGGGGCAGUUUUGAGUUGAAAUGUUGUCUUUAACUAUCCUAACUAAGGAUGUUCUGUAAAAUAUGUGCACACCUUAAUGAUUUGAUUAUAACCUAAGGGCAAGGGGUUCGUUUUGUUACAAUA